CAUUGGACCUAAACAAUGUUGAGGGUCACACUGAUUUGCGCAGCCGCUCACAUCGAAAUACACUACACCGUAAUCAUAUAAAAGCAACACGCUUACAGCGAAAGGCUAUCAUUCAACGAUCGAUCAAUCCAAAGUAAGCACUCCAGCAGUCACUUCAAGUAUUUCACUGAACUAAUCCAGUAAAAACAACAAAAUCAUAGAAAUGGCUUUCAAAUUCGUCGUAUUUUCCACACUUUUGGCCGUCGCCAGCGCUGGUUUACUGCAGCCCGUCACCUAUGCACACGUCGCUAAUCCCGCUGUGGAUGCUGUUGCCUCCAGCCACCAGAAUGUCGUGCGCACCUUCGAUGGCACCGUCUCACAGUACUCGAAGACAAUCGAAACUCCUUACUCCAGCGUACACAAGACGGACACACGCGUCAGCAACAAUGUGUACACACCAGCUGUAGCCAAGACUGUUUACGCUGCUCCCGCACCAGCUGCUGUUUACACUCAUUCCGUACCAGUUGCUAAAACUGUUGCAUAUGCCGCUCCAGCUGUUGCCAAGACUGUUGCUUAUGCUGCUCCUGCACCAGUUUACCAUCAUGCAGUGCCUGUUGCCAAAACAGUGUCAUAUGCUGCUCCUGCUGUGGCUGCUCCAGCUCCAGUGUAUCAUCAUACCGCUCCAGUGGCUACCACCAACUACAAUCACGGACCCGCUGCCUCUACUUACACCCACAACGCUCCUGGUGUUUCAGGAUACGGCUCCAGCCAAACAGUCCACUACUCGCCAGCUGAAACUGCCUCACACAUGAGCUUCGAUGGUUUCGGUACCCACUGGGGUUGGUAAUUAAUUACUUCAAUAUUGUGAU